AUGUCCGGCACAUCAACAUCUCUGUUCGGGGGCGAUGCGCCAUCCGCCUCCGAGAACAACGACGCAGCGUCGGCAGUCCAGAUUCCCAGCACCCAUGAUCCUAUCCUCCCUAACGUUGCUGCAUCUGCCUUUGGACUCGGUCCCCUAGCAUUAGCCCGCAAAGCCGUUGCCGAUACUGCUAGAGUCGCGCACAACGCAGAACUCGACGCUGGUAGAGCUGCGCAGGCCGCCAGAGUCGAAGUCAUCAUCGCUAAGAAGGCCAAAGAGGCUGCAGCAGCGCUCUUCGCUAGCCAGCUCAAAGCUUUCGUUGAGAGUUUCCAGGAGGAACUCAAGAAGCACGGAUUGUCCAUUGACCGUCAGAUCUCUUACAUCUCAGAUGCCCCCGACCUCGGUGAUAACCCUUGUACUUGGUAUGAUAUCAAGCAGUCCCUCCACGAGGAACCGGCCAAGAACGAAAAGCCCGCCGCUGCUCCCAAGGGUGUCUUGAGCCUCCCUUCUGAAGUGUUUGGCGAGAUUGGCCAUCACCUCAGCGUCACGGACCUCAACGACAUGCGUCUUGUCAACAGGCGCAUGAAGGAGGCUGUGGCAUUCCCAUACGGUAAGAAAAUUUCUGUUACUGAGAACAUCGUUAUCUUUCCUACUUUUGCAAGCGUUGCCGCGUUCUUGAUUGGGCUUGGGUUGGAGGAGGCGUAUCCUGGGACGGUUCGAACAAUCACCUUGGUUGGCGAGGGACCGACAACCCCGGAGCUCGGCUACAACUACGCUUGGGAAAAUCUCCACAUUCUCCAGUUCCCCGGCAUGCCAGAGCCAACCGAAGACCAGUUGUAUGAGGAUGAAGAGAUCGUGGAGUUCGCCAACGAUGAGCACAAACACUGGAGCCGGGCCAACGAGUCAUUCUGUCACACUGGCGCAUACCGUACCAUGCUCAGCCUUGUACUCGCCAAGCUGCCCAACUUGAAGACGAUUCAGGUUCGCAAGCUGUACCCCGGUGAGCACAUCCCGGGUUGGGCCGGGCCGCAGGCUUUGGAGAAGAUGUCGUCGUAUCAUCCCUGGACUCCCGUCAACGAGAUAUACUAUGGUGAUUGGAAGUACGAUGAGGUACACAAGCGUGUCACGAUGUGGAUAGACGAGUACGGUGAAGAGAUGGAGGAGGACGAUGCUGGCCCUCAGGCGGGCUUUGAGGAGGAUCUGUUCGCUGCUAUGACACUGUCUGGCACUCAGGCUCAGGUCUUCGAGAUGCAUAAGGAGUUGGUCUGA